GGUGGAAACAUGUCUCCUGCAUUAGUUUAAAGUGUUGGAUGAACUGUUCCCACAAUGCUUAGAGAGGGAAGGAGGGCUCACCAGAGGAGGGAUCACAGUGUGUAGUGUGUGUGUGCACUGGUUCCACUGUGCAGUGUGUGUGUGGUUCUGCCUCCCACAGAGGCACCUGGUGAAAGACAUUAACUCCUUAACUCCUCUCUGGAAUAAACAGAAAGGUGUGCUUGUGCUUCAUCUCAACACCGGGUAACCUGUCUGUUUUGAGGGCUUAUGAGUCAAUCACGUGCUUUCAGAAACAAAUAAUAAAGCUCUGGGGAGAGCGUUUCUCCCCCAGCCUCCCAUGGCCUCCCCGCCUGCAUCCUCCGUCCAGGCAUGACCGUCACCCCUAAAAAACACAGAGUUCAGCCUGGUUCCUCCUCUUUCAUCAACACAAGUCCCAGAUCCAGUCCCGCGCAGAUGGAUGAGGUCGAAGGCCUCCGGUCGAAGCCGAUCCCUGAGGACUCCGUGUCGCUGGCUUCCUCUUUGGCUGAGCCCAUCAACCUAGAAGAUUCCCAUUAUACUCAGCUGCAAGGAGAGCUGGAGUCCGACCACCAGAACCUGGAGGCGGGGUCGUGGGGCGUGGCUGUGGACCAGAACUACCUGAAGGCCCUGAACAAAGAGGCUGUUAAGAGACAGGAAGUCAUCUAUGAGUUGAUCCAGACGGAGAUGCACCAUGUACGCACCUUAAAAAUCCUUCUUCAUGUCUACGUGCACGAGUUGAGGCAGUCCAUGCUGAUAGAGGGGGCCCAGAUUGAGAGGCUCUUCCCUGGAGUGGAAGAACUGCUCAACCUCCACCAGGACUUCCUUAACUGCCUCAAAUUACGGAAACACCUAAGUCAAGAGGAGGAAAGUCCGCACAACUACCAGAUCACACAGCUGGGAGAUAUUCUCAACUCUCAGUUUUCAGGUACACGGGGAGAAAGAAUGAUGGCGUGUUACAGUGAAUUCUGCAGUAAUCACAUUGAAACCAUCACCCUCUUCAAAGAGCAGCUGCAGAACAACAAGAAACUGCAGAUCCAUGUUAGGAAAAUAGGUCAGCAUCCCCUUGUGCGACGGUUGGGAAUCCCUGAGUGUUUUCUGUUGGUGACUCAACGCAUCACAAAAUAUCCCGUCCUGGUGGAGAGAAUCAUAAAGAACACUGAAGCUGACACAGACGAGUACAGGUCUCUGGUUCAGGGUUUGGCGCUGAUCAAAGACACCAUCUCGCAGGUGAACGCUCAGGUCAAUGAAUACGAGAAAGCCACUCGUCUGAAAGAGAUCGCCCUUCGUCUGGAGCCAAAAUCUCAGGGCCGGCUGAAGGACGGCCAGCUGCUCCGCAGGGAGGAUCUGAUCCAGGGGAACAGGACACUGAUACACGAAGGCACCUUAACCUGGAAGUCCUCCGGGAGACAAAAAGAAAUCCUUGCUGUGCUGCUGUCAGACAUGCUCCUCCUCUUACAAGAGAAAGAUCAGAAGCUUGUUUUUGCUGCUGUGGAUAACAAACCACCAGUGAUCUCCCUUCAGAGGCUGAUAGUUAGGGAGGUGGCUCAUGAGGACAAAGCCAUGUACCUUAUCUCUGAAUGCACCACCAGCAUGCCGGAGAUGUACGAGAUCCACACGCGCUCCAAAGAGGAAUGCAUCACAUGGACGGCGCUGAUACGAGAAGCGGUGAACUGCUAUCCAGACAAGGAGCUGAACCUUGAACUGACUGCUGCACUGCUACACUUUAAAGAAAAUCUAAAGAUGAGGGAUGAGCUGAUUCUGCAAAGUCUGACAGAGAAGCAGCAGAUCUUCGCUGCCCUCUACGAGACGAUUACGGAGCAGGAAACCCCCCACAAAGGGCUGCUGCUCCGAGGGGACGCCACUGACCUCCAGCAGGGGACGACUCUGCUCAAAGGAGCCAUCAAUGAGGUGGAAAACCUGCAGAACCUGCUCUUCACAAGGAUAAAAGACUCUAACCUUCUUAUGGAUGAGAGUAGGACGGAGGAGGGGCUGCUCUGGCAGGCCGAGACCUUUGGAGUGUCUGAUAGUAACUCUGCUGAAAAUGGAGAUGCAGCUGUCAGCGAGGGGAGUCCCACCACUAGUGACCCUCAGCUCCAGGAGAGUUACAGCUCUGAGAACCUGGAACAGUCUGCUGAUGACGUCACACAGAUGCCAAACUGCAAUUUCGUCUCCAGUGAUUUCUCUGUGGCACAGGAGUAUGACCGGGUGAUACUGCUCGCACAGAGGCUGUACAGCUUAGAAGCAAUAAUCGCCCAGCAGGACAGCCAGAUUGAGCUGCAGCACGCUUUUCAGAUAAAGAGCAAGCAGCAUGCCCGUCAUUACAGCAGUGUGCUGCUGGAGCAGGAGAAGCAGCGCAACUCCGAGAAGCAGAAGGAGAAGCUUGCCAACUUGCACAAGCUGCAGACCCAGCAUCAAGAGGAGCAGCAGCGCUGGGAGAAGGAGAAGGAGCAGCAGAGGAUUCAGAUUGAGACUCUAGAGGCUCAGCUGCAACAGAGGGAGGAGGACUGCCGAGAGUGGGAGGAGAAGCUCAAUGAAGAGAAGGCUGGGCUGGAGAGGCUGAAGGAAGACUAUCAGCAGGACCUGGAGAGGCUGAGGGAGUCCACAAAGUCAGUAGACAAGAACAAGGAGCGUCUAAACCAGGAGAGGGAGCGUCUGGAGCAGCUGCAGGAGAAAAUAAAGAAGCUCUACCCAGGAAACUUUGAUGAUCCAGCACAAUUCUGGACUCUCUCCAGUCACCAGUCGUUCAGGGGAAGCAUAGUGAACGGAGGUGGCAUCUUUACUCCAAAGCCCCACUUGUUGGCGACAAACCCCAACUCCCUGGAAAUUCCCCCAAAGGUUCCACCGCGCCGGGAGAGCAUCAGCCCCCUGCCGGCCAAGCCCGAGCUGCCGCACCACCUGAUCAGCACCACCAACCAGGUGCACAAACCUGGGUCUGUGCAGCAGAAGAUCCCCACCAAGCUGGCUGCUCUGCCCAAGGGAAAGGAGAAAGGCUUCAAGAAGAAGGGGUCCCACCAUAGAACACACAGUGCAGCCUCUAUAGACGUGAGCCAGGUGCUGCCCAUCAGAGUGACCGGGAAAGAAGGAGGAAGUCUGAGAGCCCAAAGUAACAGCAGGCCUCUAAGAAUCUACCAAUCAGACACCUUCAACCCACCAGGAUCUUUCCACGGUGUGAAAGCAUCACAGUCCUUCAGCACGUACAAGAGGAGCAACGAGGCUCCACCACCCCCGCCUCCUUUUCCUAAUGAUAUUCUCGAUACGAGCAAAGAGAAGGUAACAUUCCUUUAAUCGUAAACUACGGGCUGGAGUUUGGAUGAGGCCCCGGCCAUCAGAAAGACUUUUACACAUGGAAAGACUGAUGGGGCUGUUGAAAGACAUUGGACAUGACUUCAUGACGUCCAUGUGUGUCCAGCAUGAAGAGGACAGUUACUUUUAUGAUAUUUUAUCACUAUAAACCAGCUGUUUGCAUUCUGAUUAGCUGGACAAGAAAAAAGAAGCAAAGAAAUACUGAUGGACAGGAUUUAUAAAUAUAUGUACAUUUGUCUUAGAGGUUCAAAAGAAAUGUGAAAAGCUCGACCAACAUGGACAUUUGGGAAGAUAAUAUUUUAAAUGAAGAUGUUACAAAACCUUUUGUUGCCAAAGACUCUGAGAACGUUAUUUUUUUAAUCAUUUUUAUUUGAAAUGGAAGUCGGUUAUUUUUAAGCCUUAGCAUUCAAGUCUUAACUCUGAUGCAUUUUUUUAAUUUAAUGAAUGAUAAAGACGGCGUCUGUUCAAACAUGAGGUGCAAAGCUGAAAGGUUUUGUUUUAGAAUGAAUCAGAUGAUCAUGGAAUUUGUGCUGUGGUCCUGCUCCUCGGUACGUCUUGUAAUCAAAUCAUCGGUUGAAUAGGGUACGUGGAGGAAACUACAUUUUGGCUGUGAAGUUAUUGUUUGUAAAUACUAUCAGCUGUUUUGUGCGCUUCCUGACCAGAGACAGUGACAGAAGGUUGUUUCAGUUUCAAACCAGACCACUGCUGGAAGCAUUUAUGAGAAUGAAAAAGAACUAUUUCUGAAUGACAUUACCUGUUAAAUAAUGUUCUGGCAUGAUUUAACGUUUAACAUCAUGUUGAUGAUUGACCGCUGUCUCCUUUUGGUUCCAUUUACAAUUUUCCCAACUAAUGGGUCACGGAAUAAAAAGAUGGUUGACUUGACAGCCUUGAGUUUUUAUUGGAUCGACUCCAUGUGGCUGAAGAAAACCUAAAAUUGUUUCAAAGAUCAUGAACACGAGGUGAUGUCGAGGUGCGUUGGGCUAGCUUUAAAAACUAAACUUAACAGAGCCUCACAUUCAAGCAGGAAAUUGGAAUAAUAUGUGAUUUAAAAUCAGGAAUACUGAUUUUAUACAUGAAGACAUAAAACAAGCAUGGUAAUGGGUCAGAUAGUGAUCCAGUAUGUGAACAGCCUUUCACUCUGAGUGACUGGGCCGAGGCAACAAGGAGGCUCUUUGUCAGACUGUUUAUUCCUGUACUCUUAACCGCAGCGGAUAUUUUUCACAGCUGGAUCGUCAUGAAGAAAAGAAACAUUCAGACUCAGAAACCACUGCAAGGGGCUGAUUUGUGUUCGGCAUCAAGAUAUCCCAAAACUAACACUUACAGCAUCCUAACUGAAGCUGUUGAGAGGUCUUUCAAACUAAUCACAUACCAAUCAAAACCUGUAAACUAGAGUAUUAAUUGUGCAAUAAAAACCAAA